AUGCAAGUAAUUUCUAGAAAACCACCAAUAACUGAGAUUAUUCAAAUGGAAUAUAAUCUCCAACAACUCAAAAUGGGAAUCGAUAUAUCUACAUCCACAUGUGACCUUAGUUCCAGUGUUUAUGAACAUCAAAGUCCCAUCAAUACCAGUCUACCGCCUAAUAUCAACAAUUUUCUUAGCAUUGAUCUGCCUAGCUAUUCCGAUUUAAAGAUAUACACUGAUGGCUCUGGCAUAAACGACUCCAUUGGAUGUGCUUUCGUAGCAUACUGUAACGAAAUGGAAAUCUACAAUCAAAAAGGAAAACUGCAUAAACUUUGCACUGUAUUCCAAGCUGAAUUACUUGCGAUCUACAUGGCUACCCUAUGGACCGAGCAGAAUUUUACUAGAAAGUACAUCCAUAUUCUAAGUGACUCCUUCUCUGCGAUACAGGUCAUUUACAGUCAACAAUUACAUCCGGUUGCAACUAAUAUUCGCAACAUAAUCAGCAAUUCUCAUAAUAGCUAUACCAUAUCUUGGACUAGAGGACACAAAGGUACGGUAGGAAAUGAACGUGCGGAUCAAUUAGCGAAGGAAGCCGCUACUGACGAUUCAUUAGACAUCAUGUAUGAUAAGAUUUGUAGAAGAAGUAUUAAAAAACUUUUAUACGAAGAUUUAUUAAGCAGAUGGCAACACAACUGGGAUUGCAAACAUAAUGACACGACUUAUAAAUUCAUACCUAACAUCAAGAAAUAUCACAACAAUUAUAAAUGGGUAAUUCCAAGCUUCUCACUUACUCAGUUUCUUACCGGGCAUGGUAAAUUUUCAAAAUAUCUACAUCGAUUUGUGAAUAAGCAAAAUGAUCAGUGUGCCAUAUGCGGUCAACCGGACAGCGUCGAACAUUAUAUUUUUACCUGUAUCGCUCUUGAAACAGAACGUUUAGAAAUAAAAACCAUUGCUCAUAGAUAUAACCUCAAUUGGCCAUGCAAACAAGAGGAUCUUAUAAAAAAUAAAGAAAUUUUUUCUUCUUUUCUACUACUUAUUAAACGCCAUGAGGCUAUAGCAAUCUAUGCAACUAGGGAAUAA